AUGAAACAACUCACAACUCACACGCACACUAACUGUUUUUUUUCCAAUUCACCAGCCAAUCAAUGGCUCCAGUUGGACAUAGGACCGCCCACGAUGAUCACGGGACUGGUCAGCAAAGGCAGAUUGGACAGCCGGAAGAAACAGUGGGUCACCAAGUACAAAAUCAGUUAUAGUAAUGAUACGGAGAAGUGGCAUUUCUACAGAGACGCGCCACAUCUCGAUCCUAAAGAAUUUGGAGGAAAUAUGGACAAAGACAUCGAGAGAUACCAUUACUUAAACUCUCCUUUCGUCGCCAGGUACGUACGCUUUCACCCGUUGGACUGGCAACAUCAUAUCAGCAUGAGGGCCGGUGUCAUUGGCUGUCCAUACAAAGGUAGACCCACAUCGUUUAAAAAAUAA